AUUGUAGACCUCCCCUGAGAACCAGAAGCAACCACAAACCCUUCAUCUUCUAUAAUUUCUAUCUCAUUUUGCCGGAAUCAAAACAACGAACUAAGCAUUUUUUUUUCCCUGGUUAUCACCUCUUGGAAGAUCUCAGAUCCCAAGAUUUGGUUAGCUGUUAAUGGAGAGCUUGGCACAGCUGGAGGCAUUAUGUGAAAGGCUGUAUAAUUCGCAGGACUCUGCAGAACGUGCUCAUGCAGAAAACGCUUUGAAAUGCUUCUCUGUGAACACUGAGUACAUUUCACAGUGCCAGUACAUUCUUGACAAUGCAUUGACUCCUUAUGCCUUGAUGCUUGCUAGUUCUAGUCUGUUGAAGCAAGUGACAGAUCAUAGCCUUGCUUUGACACUUCGUCUUGAUAUCUGUAAUUCUUGGACCUAUUGCUUACUGUCUUAUUCUCUUCCAAAAAUGGAUUUUAAAUGGAUUCCAUAACAUUUUAAAUAUACCUCCAUAGUUCCAUGUCAAUGGAUGUAAUUCUUUUGAUUAUUAUUAUUUUUUUAAUUAUGUUAGGGAGUUAUCUGAUUAACUAUCUGGCCGCAAGAGGACCCAAAUUGCAGCCUUUUGUUACUGCAUCUUUAAUUCAACUCUUAUGCCGACUCACAAAGUUUGGGUGGUUUGAUGAUGAUAGAUUCCGUGAUAUUGUUAAAGAGUCCUCAAACUUCUUGAGCCAGGGAACAUCAGAUCAUUAUGCUAUUGGUUUGAAGAUUCUGAAUCAACUUGUAUCUGAAAUGAAUCAGCCAAAUCCAGGAUUGCCUUCAACACAUCAUCGAAGGGUUGCUUGCUCCUUUAGGGACAAUCUACUUCGUCAAAUAUUUCAGAUCUCUUUAACAUCAUUGAACCAACUGAAAAAUGAUGUUGCAAGCCGGUUGCAAGAAUUGGCCCUUUCUCUUGCACUUAAAUGCUUAUCCUUUGAUUUUGUUGGGACUUCAAUUGAUGAAAGUUCAGAAGAGUUUGAAACUGUUCAGAUUCCAUCAUCUUGGAGACCUUUGUUGGAGGAUUCUUCUACACUUCAAAUAUUUUUUGACUAUUAUGUGAUUACAAAGGCCCCACUUUCGAAGGAGGCACUGGAAUGCUUGGUGAGAUUAGCGUCUGUAAGGCGCUCUUUAUUUACAAAUGAUGGUACCCGUUCCAAGUUUUUGGCUCAUUUAAUGACUGGAACCAAAGAAAUUCUCCAAACAGGCCAAGGUCUUGCUGAUCAUGAUAAUUAUCAUGAGUACUGUCGGCUUCUUGGACGUUUUAGAGUGAAUUGCCUGUUGUCAGAACUUGUGAAUGUGGAAGGCUAUAGUGAUUGGAUACAAUUGGUGGCUGAGUUCACAUUGAAGUCUUUGCAAUCCUGGCAGUGGGCCAGCAGCAGUGUAUACUACCUCUUAGGGUUGUGGUCCCGAUUGGUGACUUCUGUUCCAUAUUUAAAGGGUGAUGCACCAAGUUUGCUGGAUGAGUUUGUGCCUAAGAUCACUGAGGGGUUUAUCACGUCAAGGUUCAACUCUGUGCAGGCUGGGUUCCCAGAUGAUCCUUCUGAAAAUCCAUUGGACAAUGUUGAGCUCCUUCAGGAUCAGCUGGAUUGCUUUCCUCACCUUUGUAGAUUCCAGUAUGAAAGCAGUGGUUUCUAUAUAAUUAAUAUAAUGGAGCCAAUUCUGCAAUCAUACACAGAAAUAGUGCGAUUGCAGACCUUUGCUAAUAGUGAACUCUCUAUCAUUGAAGCUAAACUUACUUGGAUUGUUCAUAUCAUUGCUGUCAUUCUCAAAAUAAAACAAUCUACUGGUUGUAGUGUGGAGGCACAAGAAGUGCUUGAUGCAGAACUCUCAGCUCGUGUUUUGCAAUUAAUAAACAUCACUGAUAGUGGACUACAUAGUCAGAGGUAUGGUGAAUUAAGUAAGCAAAGACUUGAUCGAGCAAUUCUCAUCUUCUUUCAGCAUUUUCGAAGGUCUUAUGUUGGGGAUCAGGCCGUGCAUUCAUCUAAGCAGUUAUAUGCCCGUUUAUCUGAGUUGCUUGGACUCCAUGAUCAUCUAUUACUACUAAAUGUAAUAGUUGGGAAGAUUGCCACAAACCUAAAGUGCUAUACAGAGAGUGAGGAGGUCAUUGAUCAUACAUUAAGUUUGUUCUUGGAGCUGGCGUCAGGAUACAUGACUGGAAAGCUGCUUCUGAAGCUGGAUACUGUUAAAUUUAUGAUAGCAAAUCACACUAGGGAGCAUUUUUGUUUUCUAGAGGAAGAUAGAUGCUCUCGCAGCAGAACAACUUUCUAUUACACUAUUGGCUGGUUAAUUUUUAUGGAGGAUAGCCCUUUGAAAUUUAGGUCUUCAAUGCAACCACUUUUGCAAGUGUUUCUCAGCCUGGAGUCAACACUGGAUUCAAUGUUUCGUGCUGACACUGUAAAGUAUGCAUUGGUUGGAUUAAUGAGGGAUCUCAGAGGUAUAGCAAUGGCCACAAGCAGCCGUAAAUCAUAUGGUUUACUCUUUGAUUGGCUGUAUCCUGCUCAUAUGCCACUUCUCUUGAAAGGCAUUACACAUUGGACUGACACACCAGAGGUUACCACCCCCUUGUUGAAAUUCAUGGCUGAGUUUGUGUUGAAUAAAGCUCAACGGUUGACUUUCGACUCAUCUUCUCCAAAUGGAAUUCUUCUUUUCCGAGAAGUUAGUAAAUUACUUGUUGCAUAUGGAACAAGGAUCUUAUCUCUUCCAAAUCCUGCUGAUAUCUAUGCCUACAAGUAUAAGGGCAUUUGGAUUUCACUUACAAUUCUCACAAGAGCUCUUGCGGGAAAUUAUGUCAACUUUGGUGUGUUUGAACUGUAUGGUGAUAGAGCACUAUCUGAUGCACUUGACAUUGCCCUAAAAAUGACAUUGUCCAUUCCUUUAGCUGAUGUAUUGGCAUUUCAGAAGUUAACGAAGGCAUACUUCUCAUUCUUGGAGGUUCUGUUCAGUAAUCACAUGAGUUUUAUAUUGAAUUUAGAUACAGCCACAUUUACGCAUAUUGUUGGUUCACUUGAAUCUGCUCUUAAAGGUCUGGAUUCAAAUAUUUCAUCACAGUGUGCAUCUGCAGUGGAUAAUCUGGCUGCUUUCUACUUCAACAACAUUACUAUGGGGGAGGCACCCACUUCACCAGCUGCCAUCAAUCUUGCUCGGCAUAUUGCAGAUUGUCCUACUUUGUUCCCCCAAAUAUUGAAAACCCUAGUUGAGCUAGUUUUAUUUGAGGAAUGUAGCAACCAGUGGAGUCUUAGCAGACCUAUUUUGAGCUUAAUUCUUAUUAGUGAGCAGAUAUUUACUGACCUGAAAGCUCAAAUUUUGGCUUCACAGCCAGCAGAUCAACAGCAACGUUUGGCUGCUUGUUUCGACAAAUUAAUGGCUGAUGUUACCCGAAGCUUAGAUUCAAAGAACAGAGAUAAGUUCACCCAGAAUUUGACUGUUUUCAGGCAUGAAUUCCGUGUCAAAUAGCCGAAAUCCCUUUGGAGAUUGGGUAUCACAGGCAAAUUUUGUGUGCAAAUGAUGCUCGCUUGGUUAAUCUCCCACUCUUUUGAAUUAUAAACUGGAUCUCAUGAUUGCCGGGGACGAGCAUCUUUUUUGCUGCUGUGUUGGUUUUGUUGCCCAACUGAAGAAAAAAAUACCAUUGUUUAUGUUUCUCGGCAGCCGGGGAAAUGUUGUGUUUUUAACGGGAUGGAAAGAUGUAAAUCUUUUUGUUGGGUACGGACAAUUCACAGUGGGUGGAUUGAUUCUUUUUUGCCACAGAAGGACGUAAAUAUUUAGGUGGCUUGUGGUAGAGAUGGUUUCUCUAUUGGUAGGAGGGGAGGAAAAUAGUUUGUGAAGUUGAUGCUUUGUACAUUAAUCUCAACAUAUUCUUUAUAUUUGUUGAUGGUAUAGGGAAGAAUGAAAAUUCAUUUGAUUG